AGAAAGGUAUCAGUCAUCAACAUGAGAUCGAUCACAGUUUUAGUUUUCGCCUGUGCUUGUGCACUCGCAAGUGGUUUUUAUAUGACAAAAGAUGUGAAAUACGCCGAUUCGACGUUUUUGGUAAAACAAAAGGCCAUCCUUGAGGUUCUUCAACACGUUCACCAGAAUGAUGUCUUUGUCAAACUGUACGACGAAGCUAAGCAAUUCAAAUUGGUUGACUAUAGGGCUCACUAUACCAAACCAGAAGUUGUCGACGAGUUCUGGCGCUUCUACGAACAUGGUAUGUUGGGACUAAACGAAGUGUUCUCCGUCAUGGACUACGAACACCAAGAGGAAGUCAUUGCAUUGUUCCAUGUGUUCUACUAUGCCAACGACUGGGAAACAUUCUACAAGACAAUGGUCUGGGCUCGCUUCCACGUCAACGAAGGCAUGUUCAUCUAUGCUUUGACUGUUGCUGUUUUACAUCGCACCGACAUGGUUGGCAUUGUUUUGCCAGCUCCAUAUGAAAUCUACCCAUACUACUUCUUCAACAGUGAAGUGAUUCAACGCGCUCAAAACUACAAGAUGCAAGGCUUCUAUGGCAUUAAGAAGGUUGAAGACGUAUACACUGUCAUCAUUCCAUCGAACUACACCGGAUACUAUGUUCACACAAAUCCCGAACAAAAAUUGUCUUACUUCACCGAAGAUAUUGGUCUAAACUCCUACUACUACUACUUCCAUGCUGACUAUCCAUUCUGGAUGGGAGGUGAUGAAUACAAUUUGCACAAGGAUCGUCGUGGUGAAUACUACUUCUUCCAAUACCAACAAUUCUUGGCUCGUUACUACUUGGAACGUUUGUCCAACGAUAUCGGCGAAAUUCCAGAAUUCAGCUGGUACGAACCAAUCAAGACCGGAUACUAUCCAGCCCUUCGUUAUUACAACGGAGACUUCUUCCCAUCAAGAGACAACCACUACACUGUUUAUGAGGAGCACAACUACUAUGACGUAGAUCAAGUUGAAGAUUAUGAACGUCACAUCCGUGAUGCCAUCGAAUAUGGAUUCAUUACAUUGCCAGGAGGCAAAUACUUGGAUCUGACCAAACCCGAAUCCGUUGAAUGGUUAGGAAACUUCGUUCAAGGCAAUCCAGACAGUAAAUUCGUCCGUCUACAUGGUUACUUGGAACUCGCUAAGAGAUUGCUCGGUGGUUCAAUCGACCGCGUCGACCAACACAAAGUUAUUCCAAGCACCUUGGAACACUUUGAAACAGCCAUGCGUGAUCCGGUAUUCUACCAAUUGUACAAGAAUUUGGUCAAAUACUACUUCCACUGGCAGAAACAUUUGCCACAUUACACAUUCGAUGAGCUCAACUUCAAGGGUGUCAAGAUUGAAUCGGUUGAAAUCGAGAAGCUUGUCACAUUCUUCGACAAGUUCGACUCAGAUAUCACCAAUGUUGUCGAUGUUGAAAUGUUCGAUAACAAGCCAUUGACUACUCUCCAGCAAUUCGGACGUAUUGCUCACUACGAUGGAUAUGACUUCGUCAUCAAAACUCGUCAACCCCGUCUUAACCAUUUACCAUUCACAUUCAAAUUGCACGUUGGAUCCGAGAUUGCCCAAAAGGCAAUCGUUAAAGUGUUCAUUGGACCCAAGUACGACGAAUACGGACACGUUUUCACCUACGAAGAAAACCGUGAAAACUUCUACGAAUUGGAUCACUUCCUCGUUGACUUGGUGGCUGGAAAGAACGACAUCGUACGUAAAUCUGAAGACUUCUCAUGGUUCGUCCGUGAUCGCACCACAUACUUUGAAUUAUACAAACAAGUCAUGUUGGCCGUUAAAGGUGAAGUUAAAUUCCCAUUGGAUAUGACUGAAGCUCAUUGCGGAUUCCCAAUGCGCUUGAUGUUGCCUAAGGGUAAACGUGGAGGUAUGAUGUUCCAAUUCUUCUUCUUUGUCGCUCCAUACGUUGCACCAAAAACUGAGCAAUUCUUCGGAUUCGACAAGACAGUCUCGUGUGGUGUUGGCAGUGGUGGUCGUUACAUCGACAAUCUGCCAUUCGGCUAUCCAUUCGACAGACCUAUUGAUGAGAAAUACUGGAUGACACCAAACAUGUACUACUAUGACGUGAACAUUUUCCACAAGAAGGAAAUGGAUAUCAACACUGCCCACUAAAUAGUUUGUAUAAAACGAUGCUUGUGACUUUGUAAUUUUAAUUUCUUUUUUUAUUUUUAUUAUUAUUUAAGUAUUAAGGAAGCAAUGCUAAAGAAAAUGUAAAAAAAAAUCAAGAAUUGUGACAAACGAGAAAUAACAACUAAUUUAUAUGAAGCGA